CAGAGUGCCCCGCGAGAACAGGGCAGCCCCUUCAUUUGCCUGCGGGACCCUUGGCCUCUGGGGAAGGGAAAGUGCGCGGUGAGCGGCCUAGGUCUUGGGGGCUCGACUAGACGCCUCGGGUGUGUAUCUGGAGAUCUGCUCUUCUUUGAGAGGUGCCCAUAGGAAGAAAGAGGAAUGGCUGUUGACCAAGCCAAAUACAAGGAGAACAACCCUGAGGAAGACUGAUCAUCUCCUGCAACAUUGAAAGCCAUGGCCAAGGGAACAGUGGUGUUCAGUGAUGUGUCUGUAGACUUCUCUCAGGAGGAGUGGGAGUGCCUGGACCCUGUUCAGAGGGACUUGUACAGAGAAGUGAUGUUGGAGAAUUACAGCAAUCUAGUUUCAGUGGGACCUUACAUUCCUAAGCCUCAAGUGAUCUCCUUAUUGGAACAAGGGAAAGAGCCCUGGAUGGUUGGCAGAGAGCUUACAAGAGGUCUGUGUUCAGAUCUGGAAUCAAUGUGUGAAACCAAGUUAUUGUCUCUAAAGAAGGAAGUAUAUGAAAUAGAAUCAUGCCAGAGGGAAAUGAUGGGACUUACAAAGCAUGGCUUUGAGUAUUCCAGUUUUAGAGAUGUUUUGCAUUAUAGAAGCCACUUUGCAAGACAACUGGGAUAUCAAAAUGAGCAUUUCAGUCAAGAAAUAUUCAGUCAUGAAUACAUGCCCACAUUCAUUCAACAGACAUAUCUUACUCUGCAUCAAAUAAUUAAUAAUGAACAGAGACCCUAUGAAUGUAAGAAAUGUGGAAAGGCCUUCAGUCAGAAUUCACACUUCAUUCAACAUCAGAGAAUUCAUAUUGGUGAAAAAUCUUAUGAAUGUAAGCAAUGUGGGAAAUUCUUUAGUUGUGGUUCACAUGUUACUCGUCAUCUGAAAAUUCAUACUGGCGAAAAACCCUUUGAAUGUAAAGAAUGUGGAAAGGCCUUCAGUUGUAGCUCAUACCUUUCUCAACAUCAGAGAAUCCAUACUGGUAAGAAACCCUAUGAAUGUAAGGAAUGCGGGAAGGCCUUUAGUUACUGUUCAAAUCUUAUUGACCAUCAACGAAUUCACACUGGUGAAAAACCCUAUGAAUGUAAAGUAUGUGGGAAAGCCUUUACUAAGAGUUCACAACUUUUUCAACAUGUGCGAAUUCAUACUGGUGAGAAACCCUACGAAUGUAAGGAAUGUGGUAAAGCCUUUACUCAGAGUUCAAAGCUUGUUCAGCAUCAGAGAAUUCAUACUGGUGAGAAACCUUAUGAAUGCAAAGAAUGUGGCAAAGCCUUUAGUAGUGGCUCAGCACUUACUAAUCAUCAGAGAAUUCACACUGGUGAAAAACCCUAUGAUUGUAAGGAAUGUGGGAAAGCUUUUACUCAGAGUUCACAGCUUCGUCAACAUCAGAGAAUUCAUGCUGGUGAGAAACCCUUUGAAUGUCUUGAAUGUGGAAAGGCCUUUACUCAGAACUCACAACUUUUUCAACAUCAGAGAAUUCAUACAGAUGAAAAACCAUAUGAAUGUAGCGAAUGUGGAAAGGCCUUUAAUAAAUGCUCAAACCUUACUCGACAUCAGAGAAUUCAUACAGGGGAAAAGCCCUUUAACUGUAAGGAAUGUGGGAAGGCAUUUAGUAGUGGCUCAGAUCUCAUUCGUCAUCAGGGAAUUCAUAAUAAUGAAUAAUAAAUGUUAAAACUCUUG